AUAAGAGGAUCCAGUCAUCAAACCAUAUGAAUCAAAUUGCUAAACCAAUGCGCUUAUACAAUUCCGUCUUAUUACAAUUAUUACAAUUGUAUUACAAUAGAACAGUUGAAUCUAUUCGUCUUAUGGACAAGUUUUUAACUUUUGCCAUUUUCGUCUUUUAUUUUUACUUUACUGGUCAUUGUGUUCUUAUUGUUGGUGAAAUUUCGGGUGCUGAUAGCUCAAUCUAUUUCACAUUAUGGUUGAUCUUUAAUUUGUUUUGUGAAAUGUCUUACAUUGUUUUAAUAACUUAUCAUUUAGUUAGUGUAAAUCAAAAUUCAGCUCGUAUCUUCGAUAAAGUUUAUCAAAUUUCAUUCUCCCUUAACUCAUCCCAUUCAAUUCAGACUAUGAAUGAGAUAAAUUUACUUUCAUUGCGAAUCAAUCGGAAUGAUGUUGGAUUUACAUUUGCUGGUCUUUGCAUGGUUUCACCCAGUUUUAUAUCUUCACUAAUUUCUAUUUCAUUGACUCUAGGCUUAGCUUUGCCAAGUUUUCUUAAUGAUAAAUAAUCAAACGGCAUUCGCUUGUAUAAUCACGUUCUCAGUGGAAUAAACUGAUCAAGCUACAAUUUUUUCUUCAAUAUUUGGAAUUGUUUCAAAUUGAAGUUUCAAAUUUUGGUUAACUUGAAUUAACAUGUAAAGAUGGUUGUGAGUCGAAUUGAAUCAAUACAAGAAAAGAAAAGAUUCUAUUGCAAUCAAUCAUUGCGAAGUUAACAGCAAAUCGAUUCCAUCUUUAGAUGAUUACGAUAUUUCAAUCAUUUGUUAUCCAACAUUUCAAAUGGACGAUUUGAAUCAAGUUACACCUUCACC